UAAGCGGCGUGGCCAUUGGAUGACAUGCUCAGUGCAAACUCGUGAGAGCACACUAGUGACCAGAAACUAAAUGGUUGUAAAUGAACCAUCAACUCUCGGAUAAGACAGUUCCGCGGGUUUGACGUGAGCUAAAAUUGUGCAAAUGAGCGCUGAUCGGAGACUGCACAACUUAUCUAAUCAGAUUGUGGCUGCAAAUCCGUGUGGAGCAAUGGCACAACCUGGCAGUCCCUUGACUACGCAUGUGCUGAACACUGCGAUGGGGGUCCCAGGGUCCAACAUGACCAUCCUGCUUUAUAAACAGGACUCUUCUGCUGCUGCCUGGAAUCUGAUUACCACAGGGAUAACUAAUUCUGACGGACGGUGCCCCGGUCUCACUACCAGGGAACUGUUUACUCCUGGGGUGUAUAAAUUGCACUUUGACACAGAUAGGUACUGGGGCUGUCUCGGUGAAGAAAGCUUUUAUCCAUACGUCGAGAUUGUCUUCACCAUAAGAAACCCAGUGGAUAAGUUUCAUAUACCUCUGCUUCUCAGUCGGUUCUCCUACAGUACCUACAGGGGGAGCUAGAGUCCACCGAUAGGGACCUGUGUGAAUGCCUCUGACUUAUCAGAAUCAGAGAGACUCUUAUGGUUAUGGAUACUUCAAUGCGGUUGCUGGUGGAAAUAUAUUCUGAUGUAGUCUUCCAAUUCUGCUAACUGCGAUGAAUCCCGCUUAUAUUGUUUUUUCCCAAUUGCAGAUCAUACUACAUUUAUUAUGACAUGUUUAUAGGACAACUACUUUCUUCAUCAUCAAGAAUCUCUCUGAGGCGAUGUAUCGUUGCAUAUGUAUAUUGAAUAGGAGUACAAUAUAUAUAUUAUUCGCAUAAAGGUCAAUUUUCUAAACGCUGGCAGAAAUAAAAUACAAAUAUGAACAAUAAUUGAAACAAUUAUGUUAUUCUUUCUGAUACAAAUUGUAUUGGCAAAGAUUAACAUACAUACUCCAGAUAUGAUACAGCUUUUUUUGGUUGCAUGUCAUAAAUCUGUUCCUCAAUGCUUAUUUUUGCCUCCACUCUAACAGUGAUACUUACACUGGAUGUCAGUUUGAGGUAGGCCUGUAUGUCAAUGUAAUGUCCUUAAGAUAAGAAGAUUACAUGAAAAACAAAGAUAUGCGUUGGUUAAUCAUGUGUCUGUCAGUGUGGUAGAUCAAUAAAUAUAUGAAAGAAAAAAA